ACUUCCGGCACUGCCCUCUCAGGAUCUUGGCAGGAAGCCCAGCCGGAAGAGGAGGAGUCCAAUUUUUUUCUUUUCUUUUUUUCUAAAUAGUCCGCAACAUGGACGGCACACGUGUGUCUGCUUUAGCCAUCUACCGCUUGCAAGAGGCCGCCGGUAUCAUCCAGAAAGAGAAACCCCGAAGACUACAGGAGUCGAGAAAAAGACACCCCUUGUCCCUGUCCCAAGACAGCAAGAAGAAGCAGCAAAAGCAGAAGGGGAAGAAAAAGGUGAGCCGCCUGACUCAGGGAUACUCCCAGGAAGGGCUAGGGGUGCCCGAAUCGCUACCAAAAAAGCAAAAUGACUUGAAACUGGACGGGGAGCCCGAGGCUAGAGCUCCGCUGACCUCUCCGCCCGCAGUUGCAGUAAAGAAACAGAGUCGGGACUUAAGAAAGCAGAGAGUCCAGAAUGUGACUGUGGAGCCCGAAAGAGCCCUGCCUCCGGCGGCUUGUUCAGGAGAGGAGAGGGAGGUGGAGCCCGCGUCUCCUGCUGCUAAGGUAGCAGAGAAACUGAACGGGUCCCCAAGGAAUCCCCCGAUGGUAGCGGUGGGAGAGGAGAGAGAGGCAGUACUGUCUCCUGUAGUAGAAAAACAGAGCGGGGUCCCAAGGAAGCAGAAAGUCAAGAGAGAAAGAACAAAGUCCAAAAGAGUCCCGCCUCGGACGGCUUGGAGUGCAGAGGAGAGGGAGGCAGAACCGUCGUGUUCUGAGGCAGCAGAAAAACUGAGCGUGGGUACAAGGAAGCAGAAAGUCAAGAGAGGAGAGACUGUGGAGCCUGAACGGGUUCUAGCCCUGGCCACACAUAGAGGCGAGGAGGUGGAAGCGUCUUCGGGGGCAGCAGAAAAACUGAGUCGCGGUGCAAGGAAAAAGAAAAAAAAGAGAGAAACUGCAGAGCCUGAACAGGUCCUAACCCCGAAGGCGCAGGGAGAGGAGAGGGAGGUGGAACUCUCGUUUUCUGGGGCAGCAGAAAAACUGAGCCUGGGUGCAAGGAAGCAGAGAAUUAAGAGACAAUCCGCAGAACCCUUAAGGGCUCUGCCUCCCACCCUACCUCUGACUGUUUCAGUGGAAAAAUCGAGCCAGGGCCCAAAGUGUAAGAAAAUCAAGAGGGAGAAGGCAGAGCAUGAAAGAGUUGUGGGAGAAGAGAGUGAGGUGGAAAAAGGGGCCAAAAUAGAGCUAGUGGAGGGACAAAAUAGCUGUGGAGCAAGGACCGGAACGCCCUCCCUACAGCAGGUUCUCAAGGAGUUGGGGCAGAUUCCACACAGCAAACGUCGGGCCGCACGUCUCUUUGGAUGGCUGAUUGCCCCUCUGUCCACAGAGCAUUUCUUCAGCUGGCUGUGGGAGAAGGAUGCAGUGCUGGUACGGCGGUACAACCCAGACUACUACCAGGGGCUGUUCUCCACCGCUGAACUUGACUCAGUGCUGCGCAGGGAAGACAUACAGUUUGGGCUGCACCUGGAUGCUGCUCGUUACCGGAAUGGCCAGCGAGAGACGCUGAACCCUCCUGGGAGGGCUCUCCCAGCCACAGCAUGGUCUCUGUACCGGGAUGGCUGCUCCUUGCGUCUCUUGUGUCCACAGGCCUUCUCUGCCGUCAUGUGGCAGGUGCUGUCUGUUCUCCAGGAGCAUUUUGGCAGCAUGGUGGGCGCUAAUGCCUACCUCACCCCUCCAGGCUCCCAGGGCUUUGCCCCUCACUACGAUGACAUUGAAGCCUUUGUUCUGCAGCUUGAGGGGAAGAAACUCUGGCGUGUUUACAAACCCCGGGAGCAGGUGGAAGAACUACCCCAGUUCUCUAGCCCUAACUUUGGACCUGAGGGCUUGGGGAAACCUGUGCUUCAAGAGGUGCUAGAGCCUGGAGAUCUGCUCUAUUUUCCAAGGGGCUUUAUCCACCAGGCCGAGUGUGAGCCUGGAGUGCACUCUCUGCACCUUACUAUAUCCACCUUUCAACGCAAUUCUUGGGGGGAUUUGCUAGAACCCCUGCUGCCAGCAGCUUUGCAAGCUGCCAUGGAGGAAGAUGUGGAAUUCCGAAGGGGUCUUCCUAGGGACUACCUAGAUUACAUGGGGGUUCAGCAUUCAGAAUCUGGGGACCCUCGUCGUGGUCCCUUCCUGGAGAAAUUGCAGGGAUUGCUUGUCCGCUUGGCACAGUAUGCCCCUGUGGAUGCUGUGGCUGACCAGAGGGCCAAGGGCUUCCUCCAUGACUGCCUGCCUCCAGUGCUGUCAGAGAAGGAGAGGGCACUGAGUGUGCAUGGGCUGCCUGCUCGAUGGGAGGCUGAGGAGGCUAGGGAUGUGGGGGCAAAAAUUACCACUGAGACCCAAGUCCGCCUACUUCGCCAUGGUUUGACUCGGUUAGUGAGUGAGGAUGACAGUGUCUUCUUGUACUACACAGUGGAAAAUUCUCGAGUCUAUCAUCAGGGGGAGCCCAAGUACUUGGAAAUUGACUCCCGGUACACUGAUGGCAUUGAGUACUUGUUUAGUUCAUACCCAGGGUUUGUGCAGGUGGGUGACUUGCCUUGUGAUAAUAGAAAGGACCAGAUUUCCUUAGUGACCAUGUUGUUUGAAAAGGGACUACUGAUCACCAAGAAACCUCUGACCCCAUAGGAAUGUCUUGUUGAGCAAGAGUUAAAAUAAAUGUGUGUUUUUGUUUUUACCCCUUUA